AUGCCGUCCAGAAUGCGGCUCCGCGAGAGCUCGCUGCUGAGGGUGCCCGGGCGGUACCAGGAGGACCUUGGGCCCUCGAGAGCAGACCGCCCACUCUUUGCGCACCCCGAUGUGCCGUUCAACCCCGCGCUGUCGCGGCACUGCGCCCACCCCAGCUUGCCGCUGGACUACGAGGGCGUGGGCCCUUCCGAAGCAGAGCGCGCCCGGUUGCUUGCAGCCGAAGAAGCGGCAGCAGCAGCAGAGGAGGAGGACGACAAAGAGGAAGAGGAGGUGGAGGAGGAGUCGGUCAUGGUGAUGGUCGACGGAGAGGAAAGCUGGGGGGUCGCAGGCAACGACCAGGACGCCGAGACCAGCGGCUCGGACUCCGACAGCGAGGGCCAGAGCGCCCAGCCCGCACCACCCACCCCGUUCGCCGCAACCCCCGGCCCCACCACCACACCCGUCGGCACCACCACCACCCCCUCGGCGCCCUCCACCCGCCCGGCCCACGUGACGCAAAUCCCCAAGCGCCAGCCGGGGCAGCAAACCUCCCCCGCCCGCUCGGACGACGAGAGCGGUGACAGCACCGGUGGGAGAACGCGCGGCGGCCGGCCCACCUGGGGCGACCUCUCAGAUGGCAUCAAGUUUGCCAUCGCUUACGACAUGGCUCGGACGGGCCCCCUAUCCCGGGCCGUCCAGAAUCUCGACCUCAGCCACGUCGAGAUCAAGUCGCUCCUCGGGUUGAUCACCGAGGAGCGCAAAAAGCAGAGGAAGUGGGGGAAGCUGCUCGCGCAGCACCCGCACAGCGCCGAGGUCCCUUCGGCGGAGGAACUGGCCCCCCUCUGCCCGAUCAACGAGGGCAUCACGGCCGGGGAGGUGCGCCGCGGGCGGGCCUUCCUCAAGUUCCUGGGUUUGCGUGGGGUGGCGGCGCGGUUGGGGUUCUGGGAGGGGACGGGGGCGGACUUCCACGAAGUCCAGAUCGACGGGGGGUGCCGGCACCUCGUCGAUGACUUCAGCUUCUUGGCCGGCGGCGAGGGCGAGGACAGCAGCGCCAGGAGGCUGCUGGACUUGAAGGAGGGGGAGCUCCUGCUUCGGCUGGACCCCCCGGCCGACACCAUCAACCCUCUGCGGUUGAGGCCUGGCGCCCCGCUCGUCCGCGCCAAGAAGUUGGGGUUGGCUCGGGUGCCGCGGUCGGGCGGCUUGCACCCGAUGAACUACACCGUCGGGGGCAAGAGCGGCCGCAGGUACUCGACCCUGGACAAGUCGGACUGGCCUGCCUGGGAGGCCCUCUACGAUGCCGGCAUCAUCCCGGGCACCUCCCUGGCGGUCUUCACCGCCCACUCCCUCGUCCCCAGCGAGGCCACGUUCUUGACGGAGGAGGAGUUGGAGGCCCUCAACGCCGCCCACCCCACGGGGGGUAUGCUGGGAUCCUCGCCGGUUGCCGACGCCAACAUCGAUUACGACGAGGGGUUGAACUCCCAGCACCAGCCCGGUCGGUGGGCCGACCCGCACACGAACGCACCGCACAACGGGUACGUCAACCCGUUCGAUGAUGACUCCCCCCUCGACAUCUUUGGCGACAACACCUCCUCCGUGUCGGGCAGCGCUCCCGCCGUCCCUCCUUCCGCCCCUGGCGAUGAACCGGCGUCUUCCCCGACGAUAGCCGAGGAUGAUGACGAUGACGACGACGACGAAGACGACGAGAUGGGAAGUGGUGCGAUCCGCCAGUCCGCGCGCAUAACCUCUGCCCUCCGAGCUCCCGGCCCCGGAAUCCUCGCGCGCCCCCGUCCCCGCCUCGGACCAAAUGUGGUCUAUGGAGCCACGGCAGCCUCUCUGGAGCGAACCAAUCUCUCCGAGGCGGACCCCAUUGCUGCCGCGAUUCCUCGCCUCUCCAUGGAACGGGUGAGGUUCACCGAGGAUGAUCCCAUUGCCGACUCCCUUAGUCGCUUCCGCCGCAUGCAACAUCCUGUUCUGGGCCAACAAGCCCCAGAGGUGGCGGCACGCAUCGACCAACUCACAGCGGCGGCUCCCAGACGGCAGACCCAGGUCCACUUCGAGGAUGAGCUCCUCCCGCCCCCGUCUCCGCCACGCCCGCGCGUUCCGGCGCUCGUAGUCGAGGCACCCACAGAUGACGAGGAGGAAUUUGAGAGUGAAGAGGAAGACUUUCGCUUGUCGGGUCGUAGAGGCGGACCUCGUCCUCGCACUGACGAUCCGGAUGAUGGCGAUUAUCGACCAGCGGCAAGGAGGCCGAGACCGAGAGCACCCAGAGCACGGGCGUCCGAGACAAGGAAGCGCGCUCGCGCCGAAUCCCCGCUCAAGUACCCCGCCAACAAGGCAUCCAAGCGUCCGCGUUCCGGCAGGGGCCCGGGAAGACCGAGGAAAUAUCCUCUCCCUGCUCCCUCUGAUCCAAAUCUGCUGAUGCCUCCGCCCACGACCACCGGGAGUCGGCGCCAGUCAUCCAACACAGCCCGACGACGGUCACCAGCCACACCCAGGGCACCAGGCCGACCCUCAGCGCAACCGGCGAUCCCUCAACCCCCUACCACCCAAAGUACUGAGAACCCAUCUAAUGUGCCGACAACUAGCAACAACACCGGUCCCCAAGAGCAGCCGGUCAUCUUCGUCCGUCAGGCCUCUACCACCGAAGGUCCUCAAAACCCAUCCAACACGCCGACCGCCAACGACCACACCGGCCCGGAGAACCCCCCCUUGAACCACCCGUCCGCAGAGCCCACUCCCGCCAACCCUGUUCCGCGGCCCGCGAAGCGUUCUUAUACGCGCAGAAAAGCAGCCAACGAGGACGGAGAAGAGGGUGAGCGGGCUCCGAAGCGUUCUUAUACACGUAGAAAGCCGGCCAACGAGGACGGAGCAGAGGGUGAGCGGGCUCCGAAGCGUUCCUAUACGCGCAGAAAACCGGCCAACGAAGACGGAGAGGAAGGGGAGGAUGCGGCGAACAAGCGCGCUCCACGCAAGAAACGCGAGCCCAAGCUCGACGAGAACGGGGAGCCCAUCAAGCGCCAAAAGAGUCGGCCGAGGCGCGGCGGCCCAAACUUCUCAUGCGACGGCACAAAGAAGAUGCGGUCGACCGAGGGCGAGGAGAUGACCCGUGCCGAAUUCGAGGAGCGGUUCACGCGUGACGAGCUCACAUAUCGUCCUGGCGGCAACUUUGGAGGCGGCACUUUCCAGGUCAACGCCACGGGCGUCAUUUGGUCGUUCGCGCCGCCGCCUGAUUACACACCAUCCGAGCGGACAGUCCGUCGCGCAAGGAAGCUCGAAACAACCAAGGACACGGACGAUACCAAUACCUCGAACAGCCAGCCAGAGACAGACGGCGAGACAGGAACAGGAGCAGGAGUCAUCCUCCAACCGACCCCCACACCAGCCUCCUCGGCCGGCCCGGACACCCACCCAACCCCCUACCCCCCCACCGGAUUAUCCAACCCGCAGACCCUCACCAGCAUCGCCGUGCACCGCCCCUGCCGUCCCCCUCCCCCGGACCCCGAGCCCCACAACCGGCACCGCCAGCAGCAGCAGCAGCAGCAUCACCGCCCAACCGCCCGGCGCGCCCCGCAAACGCGGCCCCAAGCCCCGGUUCUCAGCUGCCGCGCCCCAUACCCCCCCACCCACGCGCGUCCCGCCGCGCCCGAGCCCCCUCCCCCCCUCCUCAACCAUAACAGCCGCCGCCAACCCCUCAACUGUCACCGCUGCUGCUGCUGCCGCCCCAACCAUGCCGGCAGCAUUCCCGACCAUGCCGGCAGCCCCGGUCCCGGUCCCCGCCCGAGGCGCAGGACUCCGCGACCCCCGCGUGGCGGCGCGCGUGGCAGAGCUGAAUGCCCAGUGCGACCGGUACCAUGUGGCGACGAGGGACCGGUUUGA